AUGGAGUGUGCUGGAGAAGAGAAACGAGUUGGUACACGCACAGUGUUUGUUGGCAAUCAUCCAGUUUCAGAAACAGAAGCUUACAUUGCGCAAAGAUUUUGUGAUAAUAGAAUAGUCUCAUCUAAGUAUACACUUUGGAAUUUCCUCCCAAAGAAUCUGUUUGAGCAGUUUAGAAGAAUUGCAAAUUUUUAUUUUCUCAUCAUUUUCCUUGUACAGGUCACAGUAGACACACCAACUAGUCCAGUUACCAGUGGGCUUCCACUUUUCUUUGUUAUAACUGUUACAGCCAUCAAACAGGUUGGUGAUGUAGUAGAAGUUCAGGCAGAUGAAACUUUUCCCUGUGAUCUUAUUCUUCUGUCAUCCUGUACCACUGAUGGAACCUGUUAUGUCACUACAGCCAGUCUUGAUGGGGAAUCCAACUGCAAGACACAUUAUGCAGUACGGGAUACCAUUGCACUAUGUACAGCUGAAUCCAUUGAUAGCCUCCGAGCAGCAAUUGAAUGUGAACAACCUCAGCCUGAUCUAUACAAGUUUGUUGGGCGAAUCAGUAUCUAUAGUAAUAGUCUUGAGGCUGUUGCCAGGUCUUUGGGACCUGAAAAUCUCUUGCUGAAAGGAGCUACACUAAAAAAUACCAAGAAGAUAUAUGGAGUUGCUGUUUACACUGGGAUGGAAACCAAAAUGGCUUUGAACUACCAAGGGAAAUCUCAGAAACGUUCUGCUGUUGAAAAAUCUAUUAAUGCCUUCUUGAUUGUAUAUUUGUUCAUCUUAUUGACCAAAGCUGCAGUAUGUACUACUCUAAAGUAUGUUUGGCAAAGUACUCCACACAAUGAUGAACCUUGGUAUAACCAAAAGACUCAGAAAGAGCGGGAGACUUUGAAGGUUUUGAAAAUGUUCACCGACUUCCUAUCUUUUAUGGUUCUAUUCAACUUUAUCAUUCCUGUCUCCAUGUAUGUCACAGUGGAAAUGCAGAAAUUCUUAGGUUCGUUCUUCAUUUCAUGGGAUAAGGACUUUUUUGAUGAAGAAAUUAAUGAAGGAGCCUUGGUUAACACAUCAGAUCUUAAUGAAGAACUUGGUCAGGUUGAUUAUGUAUUUACAGAUAAGACUGGAACACUCACUGAAAAUAGCAUGGAAUUCAUUGAAUGCUGCAUAGAUGGACACAGAUACAAAGAUGUAACUCAGAAAGUUGAUGGACUGUCUGAGACUGAUGGACCAUUAACAUAUGUUGACAAAGCAGAUAAGAAUCGAGAAGAACUCUUUCUACGUGCCUUAUGUUUAUGUCAUACUGUAGAAAUUAAAGCAAAUGAUGCUGUUGAUGGAGCUACAGAAUCAGCUGAAUUAACCUAUAUCUCCUCCUCACCAGAUGAAAUAGCUUUGGUAAAAGGAGCUAAAAAGUACGGAUUCACAUUUUUAGGAAAUCAGAAUGGACUUAUGAGAAUAGAAAACCAAAGGAAAGAAAUAGAAGAAACCCAGCUCAGGCAUGGCCUCUUCCAAGAAAUCUUCCUUCAGAUGGCUUUCUUUUGUGUUCUCCACUCUCCCUUGUAUGAACUUCUCCACACCUUAAACUUUGAUGCUGUCCGCCGACGUAUGAGUGUAAUUGUGAAGACUCAAGGAGGAGACAUACUUCUUUUUUGUAAAGGAGCAGACUCAGCAGUUUUUCCCAGGGUGCAAAACCAUGAAAUAGAAUUAACUAAAGUCCAUGUGGAACGUAAUGCAGUGGAUGGGUAUCGGACACUCUGUGUAGCCUUCAAAGAAAUUACUCCAGAUGAUUAUGAGAGAAUUAACAGACAGCUAAUAGAGGCAAAAAUGGCCUUACAAGACAGAGAAGAAAAGAUGGAAAGGGUUUUUGAUGAUAUUGAGACAAACAUGAAUUUAAUUGGAGCCACUGCAGUGGAAGACAAGCUACAGGAUCAAGCUGCAGAAACCAUUGAAGCUCUGCAUGCAGCCGGCCUGAAAGUUUGGGUGCUUACUGGAGACAAGAUGGAGACAGCCAAAUCCACAUGCUAUGCCUGCCGCCUUUUCCAAACCGGCACUGAGCUCUUGGAAUUGACCACCAAAACCAUUGAAGAAAGUGAAAGGAAGGAAGAUCGGUUACAUGAAUUGUUGAUAGAAUAUCGUAAGAAGUUGUUGCAUGAAUUUCCUAAAAGCACUAGAAGCCUUAAAAAAGCAUGGACAGAACAUCAGGAAUAUGGAUUAAUUAUUGAUGGCUCCACAUUGUCCCUUAUACUAAAUUCUAGUCAAGACUCUAGUUCGAAUAACUACAAAAGUAUUUUCCUACAAAUUUGUAUGAAGUGCACUGCGGUGCUCUGCUGCCGGAUGGCACCAUUACAGAAAGCCCAGAUUGUCAGAAUGGUGAAGAAUUUAAAAGGCAGCCCAAUAACACUGUCGAUAGGUGAUGGUGCCAAUGAUGUUAGUAUGAUCUUGGAAUCCCAUGUGGGAAUAGGUAUUAAAGGUAAAGAAGGUCGCCAAGCAGCCAGGAAUAGCGAUUAUUCUGUUCCAAAGUUUAAACAUUUAAAGAAACUGCUGUUGGCUCAUGGACAUCUAUACUAUGUGAGAAUAGCCCAUCUUGUACAAUAUUUCUUCUAUAAGAACCUUUGUUUCAUUUUGCCACAGUUUUUGUACCAGUUCUUCUGUGGAUUCUCACAACAGCCAUUGUAUGAUGCUGCUUAUCUUACAAUGUACAAUAUCUGUUUCACAUCCCUGCCCAUCCUGGCCUACAGUCUAUUGGAGCAACACAUCAACAUUGACACUCUGACCUCAGACCCCCGGUUGUAUAUGAAAAUUUCUGGCAAUGCUAUGCUACAGUUGGGCCCGUUCUUAUAUUGGACAUUUCUGGCUGCCUUUGAAGGGACAGUGUUCUUCUUUGGGACUUACUUUCUUUUUCAGACUGCAUCCCUAGAAGAAAAUGGAAAGGUGUAUGGAAAUUGGACUUUCGGAACCAUUGUUUUUACAGUCUUAGUAGUCACUGUAACACUGAAGCUUGCUUUGGAUACUCGAUUCUGGACAUGGAUAAAUCACUUUGUGAUUUGGGGUUCUUUAGCCUUUUAUAUAUUUUUCUCAUUCUUCUGGGGAGGCAUUAUCUGGCCUUUUCUUAAACAGCAGAGAAUGUAUUUCGUAUUUGCUCAAAUGCUGUCUUCUGUAUCCACAUGGUUGGCCAUAAUUCUUCUAAUAUUUAUCAGCCUUUUCCCUGAGAUUCUCCUGAUAGUAUUAAAGAAUGUAAGAAGAAGAAGUGCCAGGAAUCCGAAUCUUGAACUGCCUAUGUUAUUGUCCUACAAGCAUAUUGACAGUGGUUACAGCUAAAAAAGAAAGCAUGAAGAAACAACUACAAAAAAUUAUCAUCUCAGGAUAAUCAAUAUGCAACAAAAACUAAACCACUCUCUUAUGUCUAGGGUUCAAAAUAAAUGUUCAUUAAAAUACCAAAUGACUCUUCUAAGCAUUUACAGUUAUUUUAUGUAGUCAUUAUGGCCAGAGCUUUAAGUUGAGAAUUAUAUGAAAGUUAAA